AAAAGAUUCAGUUCAGGGCCCCCUCAGACCAUGGCAAACCUAUCGAGCAGCUCUUUUACAGUCUCCAGAGUCUGCAAUGCCGUGAUGAUGGCAAUAUUGCUGUUUUGGAGAUGCUCACUGUCUUGCCAGAAGUUGUUGAGGAUCAACAUACUGAUUGCAACAUAAGUUCUGCUCGGCGAUGCGAGUAUGGCCGAGAGCUUCUCUCGCAUACUCCUAUGGUUCUCGAGUUCCUACUGCAGCAAUCUGAGAAAAGCUUUGAUGGUGGCAUUCAACUAUAUGACAGGAACAGAAAGAUAUUGCGUUGCUUAUUGAGUUGGGUUCAAGCUGGGUGCUUCUCAGAGAUUCCACCGGGUUCAUUGCCAGAACACCCACUUAUUAAUUUUGUGUUCAACUCUUUACAGGUGUCAUCUUCAUUUGAUCUGGCUGUUGAAGUCCUUGUUGAACUUAUCAGCCACCAUGAGGGGCUACCACAGGUUUUGUUAUGCAGGGUAAGAUAUCUUACAGAAGUCCUUCUUCUUCCAGCAUUAAAUAAUGGAGAUGAGAAAGCAAUAGGUGGUCUUGCAUGCUUGAUGUCAGAAAUUGGUCAGGCUGCACCAUCUUUAAUUGCUGAAGCAAGUACGGAAGCACUUGCAUUGGCAGAUGCACUUUUGAGCUGCGUAACAUUUCCAAGUGAAGAUUGGGAUAUUGCGGACUCAACUUUGCAGUUCUGGUGUAGUCUGGCGGGCUAUAUUCUUGGGCUUGAUGUGGAUGGUGGAGAAAAUAGGAAAAAUGUUGAUGACAUGCUUUUUCCUGUAUUCUCAGCAUUACUUGAUGCUCUUCUAUUGCGUGCUCAGUGGUUGUCGUGGAGGAGGAUAGGGGCUGAGAAGCAUAUGGGAAGAGGGAUUGAUGUGGUUGGUGGUGAUGGUGUUCAACGAAUUUUGAGUGGUUUUAUUUUUUUCGUGAUGGUGGCAGUUGUGUUCUUCUUUGUGAAUGAGUGA